AUGGCCUUCCGGCACAAGCAGCUCGUUCCAUGUCUAUGCAUCCUCCUCUCAUCAAUCAUCUCCUUCGCUCCCUUCUCUCACGCGAAGGAGAUGCCAUGCAUAGGCCCCGACUCAGACCAGGACGGGGAGAGGAACUACACCAUGGACGACGCCGAUUUCGUAUUCAUGGUCGACUAUGAGUCCGGGUUCUCACAAACGCACCACUACAACCUAUCAUCCUAUGCCAAGGCGAAUAGCACAUUGCUAUCCACCGUCCAUCGCUCGAUUGAACUCUGUCGAAGGCGCCCCGACGGGUCGGGGGUCGACGAUGUGUCGUUCAGUGUCAACAUCGUCAUGCGGAUUCAGACGACAGGGGUUGCCACCAAUCACCUCGCCUUCCUCAUCCUCCCUGGAGAGGUCCUUGAGUUUCUCCAGGUAAACGACUCCUUGCCUUUGGCGAAGGAACUGCUGGUCGACACAGGUUAUUUCUACCCGCAAGAGUUCUCCAGCAUUCGGGGUCUUGACAACCUUACAGAUCGGAGCGGCUCCAUCCCCGGAUCCUACAUGUACGUCAACGUCCAAAUUGGAAUGCUGGUUAGCCCUGUGUGGACGGGCUAUGUUGGCGAACGCGUAGUGGUCGUCAAUAUCACUAUGCUACUAGAUGACUCCAACUAUUCUGUGUGGAUCGACUACAACCGUGUAGGACGGCUGUCGGUCUACGCAGACGUGGAGGGCAAGCCCAAACCUGGCGAAGCCAUGGCCGAGGCGCCCUUCAACAUCGGCAGUGUCAUCUCCCCGACGUCUCCGUUUGUCUAUCUCGGCCUCCUUUCGACAGUGGCGCAGCGGCUCCGUACCAGAGGCAUCCACUUCAACGCGACGGUCGACAACUUCCCUUGCUACACCGCCAAAGGAGGCUUCCUGUCAAGGAAGGUGACCAUAGUGGCAUCCGUCCUUGGGUCGGUAGCCGUCACCGCCAUGGUGGUAGCCAGUGCGGCGUGCUACUUCAACUCGAGGUAUCGGAGGUGGCACAGGGACCUGGACCAGCUCGCCAAGUCCAUGGAGCGCCUCCCGGGGGUACCCACCAAGGUUGACUUUGCUGACAUAAAAAAGGCCACCGCAAACUUCCACGAGGAGAUGAAGCUCGGUGGAGGCGGGUUCGGCACUGUGUACAGGUGCACGCUCCCGGCCACGGCUUCCAAGAUGAAGCGACCGAUGGACGUGGCCAUCAAGAGGUUUACGCGUGAUGUGCAGAACCACCGCUACGACGACUUCCUCGCCGAGGUCAGCAUCAUCAACCGGUUGCGCCACAAGAACAUCGUCCCCCUCAUCGGGUGGUCAUACAACAAAGGAGUGCCACUGCUUGUGUUUGAGUUCAUGACCAAUGGCAGCUUAGACCAACAUCUCUUCCAAAGAGGCGGCAAUAGCACCAGGCAGCGAAACACCGAUGGCGCCAUCCGGCAAUGGGCAACCCGCUACGAGAUCAUCAGAGGCAUAGCCACCGGCUUGCACUAUGUCCACCACGAGUAUGAGCCCAUGGUGCUCCAUCGCGACAUCAAGGCGAGCAACAUCAUGUUGGACUCGAGCUUCCAGGCCCGCCUCGGCGACUUUGGCCUGGCAUGCACUGUCGCCGCCGAUAGGAACUCUGUCACCGGUGUGGGUGGCACUUGGGGCUACAUCGCGCCAGAGUACCCGGUUUGUCGCAAGGCGACACGGCAAACUGACAUCUACGCGCUUGGGGUGCUUAUCCUUGAGGUCGUCACUGGGCUGCGGGCAUUGGCUGACCACGAGGUGGUGGAUGAUGAUGACAUGCAUAUCACCGAUAGGGUGUGGCGUCUUCACCGUGAGGGGAGGCUACUGGAGUGUGUGGAUGCCAUGCUGACCAAUGGUUCUACUCCAGAGGACGAGGAGCAUCUAAAAAAUACUGGUGAUGUGGAACGCCUGCUCCUCCUGGGCUUGGCCUGCAGCAACCCGAAUCCAUCGGACCGACCAACCAUGCCCGAUGUGGUGCGUGUCAUCACCAAGUCUGCACUACCACCACAGGUGCCUCCUCAGAAGCCAAGAUUUGUGUGGCCGCCGCGGGAAGAGGGACGUUCAGUGGCCUCCGAUGAUGGUAGCACAGAUACAUCUAUGAUGAGUAAUCUCGACAAUAGUAUGGCAAGCACCACUGGAGAACAUGCCUCAUUUCAACUCCAACACUCUGUCUACAUCACGGCAAGCAGUGCCUCUGGUCCAUGA